AUGAAGUUCUCUAUCGCUCUUCUCGUUCCUGUUGCUGCCGUCCUCGCCGCACCUACACCUCCCGGCAUUCCCAGCGACUCUACUGCUCGCUCACUUCUGAGCGGUCUUACUGUUGCCGCUUCCACCAACACAGGCACCUAUGACAGAGACCUCUUCCCUCACUGGGAGACCUAUGAGGGUGCUUGCAACACUCGUGAGUACGUCUUGAAAAGAGACGGAACAAACGUCGUCACCAACUCGGCCUGCGCUGCUACUUCCGGCACUUGGAAGUCUCCCUAUGAUGGAGCCACAUGGACACAGGCCAGCGACAUCGACAUUGACCACAUGGUUCCGCUGAAGAACGCUUGGAUCUCUGGAGCCGCUUCGUGGACUACCGCCAAGCUAACCGACAAUGUCAACCAGGCAAAGAGCGACAAGUCCCCUGAUUCUUGGAAGCCUCCUCUGACCAGCUUCUACUGCACCUACGCCAAGAGCUGGAUCCAGGUCAAGAGCUACUGGCAGUUGACUAUUACCAGCGCCGAGAAGACCGCUCUCGGUUCCAUGCUUGACUACUGCUAA